GUUCAUCAUUCACCCACCAGAGUCACAUUGAGCUUGACUGCCAUGCCAUUGCUGCGCGCCAAGCUUGCGCAGAUCAGGGCCAGAACAGGUCUCCGCUCACCCUCUCAUCCGCCUCUCGCGCGGCUCUCCGCCAUCCCCCAACGCCGCCAUGCGCGCCCUCGCCUCCCUCACCGGAUUCCCCGCUCCGCGCAUCGCGCUCUCUCCGUGCAGCGGCGAUGCGUCGCUCAACACCGCUCGAACUCGCCUGCCUUCCAGCGGCGCGUUCCACGCUGGCCGUGCGCGCUGCAUGGCGGGAGAGGUGCAGGGCGACGGCGGCGCUACCAGUAGCGCGGAGACGAGCGGAAAGGCAGUGGCGGGCGCGCGCACGGCGCGGGGGAGAGACGCGGGGAGCGCAGGCGCGCAGGUGAUGGAGCUGCGGGUGGACGAGAUCCGACGGCCGUUGAUGCGCACGCGAUCCAACGACCAGGAGAAAGUGGCGUGGCUGAUGGCGAGUAUCAAGGAGAUCGGACUGCAGGAACCGAUUGACGUCCUGGAGGUGGACGGUCUAUACUACGGCUUCUCCGGCUGCCACCGCUACGAGGCGCACCAGCGCCUGGGGCUGCCCACCAUCAAGUGCCGCGUGCGACGAGCCAGCAGGGAUAUCCUCAGAAUGCAUAUGAGGUAGUGGUCGCAUACGCGUUUCUCCUCACAGCAGUGUUGUGUGCUCUGCGUCAAUUGGUGCUGCAACA